AUGGUCAGGAUCGCAAUCGUAGGUGGUACUGGGAACCUCGGACAGGAGAUUGUGGACGUACUUGUCGCUAGCAAGAAGCACGAAAUCUUGAUCUUCACCCGCAAGGAUAUCUCGAUGGAAACCACAGGUUCGUCUGUUAAAUGGGCCAAAUCUACCUACGAGGAUGUGGAUGAAUUAGUUGGUCAACUGCAAGGCAUAGACGUGGUGUUGUCUUUUAUCGCCCCGCAUGACCAGGAACAAGGCUUCUCCAGCCAGAAAAACAUCAUCGACGCGGCAGUAAAGGCCGGCGUGAAGCGACUCGCGCCUAGCGAAUGGGUUUCAGCGGGCCUAGAGCACCUGGACUGGUACACCUUCAAGGCGCGCACACGCCAGUACUUGACAGAGCUCAACAGCGGCAAGAAGGUUAUUGAGUACUGUCUCUUCCAGCCAGGUCUCUUCGCCAACUACUUUACUCCAUACCCGUCAACCAAGCACAUCAAGCCACUUGAGACACCCUGGGACUUUGCGAAGCGUAGGGCUAUCUUGCGGGAAGGCUCUGAUAACGACUAUUUCACGCUUACGACCGUGGACGAUAUAAGCAACGUGGUUGCGCGCGCGGUGGACUACCCUGGCGAAUGGCCGCUCGUGGGUGGUAUUCGAGGGUCUCGUAUUUCCAUCAAGGAGCUCAUCGCCCUUGGAGAGGAGAUACGCGGCGGGCCCUUCAUGAUCGACAGGAUUCCAGACGAAGACUUGAAGAACGGAACAUGGGACGCUUCCUGGCUCCCUAAAAUCGAACAUCCCUCCAUUCCACCAGAGUUUGUUGACGCAUUCUCGAAGAAGAUGAUGCCGUCACACUUCGACUCACAAAACGAUCAAAGAGCUGUAAAGCGAAGAAAAGUGCGCAAAGGAACUCAGAGUUGCUGGGAAUGCAAGAAGCGGAAAGUUCGAUGCACAUGGGCGUUGCUUACCAAUUCAACGUGCGAUAAUUGUCUGCGAAGGAAAACAAAGUGCGUCAGUCAGGAGUUCGCGGAUGAUUCACCUGCGAGUACCAGAGUGACCGACGGGGGAGUAGAAGAUCGGUUAAGCCGAGUCGAGAAUCUGCUUGAGCGCCUGGUCAACGGCACGGCCUACGCAGGUCGGGACGCGUUGGGAAGUCGUCUGGAUACUGCAAUGAUGAACGGUCUGAGCAACUCGGUUGACUAUGCAAGAAACGUUGACAUUACCCCAUCCACUUCCCCAGAAACUACAUCGGCACUCACGAGUCCACCGCAAAAUCCAGAACAGCCGCAUAGCAAUAUUUACACCGGAAUAUCUGGAAAUCUUGUGGCAGCAUGGCCUAAUAGUCAAGACCUUGACUACAUUUGCAAACUCCCGGUCGGCCUCUCAACACACUUGCACAUCAAACUGACCUCAUCUUUUGCCAAAGUCAUGAGCCAAGUACCGGAAAGUCCUCGGGAAAUGUUGCAGUUGCCACCACCGGGAUCCCAUCCGGUACUAAUAGCCCGGAAGCUCCUCUUGUUAAGCAGUCUACUGCAAGGUGCGCUAUCAGCAGGCCAAAUUCCACAAGAUCAGCACGGACAUUUCAGUGAAGUCAUGUCUCAUGCAAUGGAUGCAGCAGUGAGACUUGUGACUUCCAACGACAAGUUGACCGCCUCUGUCGAAGGUAUCGAGUGUAUCAUGAUCGAAGCUAUGAUCGAGAACUACGCUGGCGACCUCCACAGUGCAUGGAUGACUACACGCCGGGCAUCUGCUGUUGCACAGAUGUUGGGUUUGCAUCGCGGCAGCUCAAAGCCAUCUAUUUUCAAAGUCCUGAUUCCAGAAACGAGUUCAGGGUUCGAUCCAGAUCAAUUUUGUUGUCGCAUUAUCGAAAUGGACCGCUAUCUGUCGUUGACGCUGGGACUGCCGCAAUCUUCACUGGAGACUCGCGGCUUUGAUGCUGAAGCAAUGGCGGCAUGUCAUCCACUUGAUCGCAUCGCUCGUCUGCAGUGCAUAAUCGCGGAUCGCAUUCUGUCACGUCGAGUGGGGGGACCCGACAAGAAGAAAAGCGAACAUGUCCGGCAUAUUGACGGAAUGCUAAAGGAGGCGGCUGCACUCAUGCCAUCGCAGUGGUGGCUGACUCCGGACUUGGAUACCAAUGACUUGACAGCACCGAGCCCUCUACCAGAAGUCGCGCGUGCAAUGUAUCAGUUUUCUCAUUUCCAUCUAGUCUUACGGUUGCAUUUACCGUAUGUUCUUCGCUCGUUAGGGAACAGCAUGUGCGAGCACAGCAAAGCCACUGCUAUUCAUUCUGCUCGCGAAAUCAUGUCUCGAUAUAUCGUCUUCCGUAAGUGGAAUACUGGAGUUUACUACUGCCGUGGAGUAGACUACCUCUCUUUCAUAGCCCUUAUAGUACUGUGUCUGGUGCACAUUGAUGCGCGUAAUCAACCGAUGGCCCAGCACGAAGCAGUUCUCAAUCACAGCCGUCCGAGUGAUUGCGCGAUGAUGGAACGGACAGUCGACAUACUACGAACCAUGGAAGACGAUGCGAUCGCGACGAAACUCUCUCGUAUUAUGGAAUACCUUCUUCAGGUGGAAGCAGCAUCAGCCAGUGGAAUUGGCUACAACACUUCCACUAGCGAGGCUGACGAGGGGCUAGCAACAGAGUGUCACGGUCGAUUUGUGGAUGGGGAGAACGGCGUGCUGCAGCUCCAGAUACCAUAUUUUGGUACCGUCACUCUUCAGCGUGGGUUGGCACCGUCUACCGUGACAGCUGCGGGGAUUCUAUCUACCCAAGCAUCUGGGCAUGCACAGCCAUCACUUACAGAGUGGGACAAUCAAUGGUCAUUGCUCGAUUCAUCAGAACAUAUGGGUGAACUGGACGAUUGGACACUGCAGAGCAUCAAUGAAGGCCUUUUUGGGGAUUUACUCGGGUUUGGAAGUACAGAUCAGGGCCCUGAGCCAGUUUUGGAUGAGUCGUUCAUUCACCUUCCUUCCAGUCUUGAGAUGGGAGAGUAG